UUUUAUUUGAUUUCUGUAAGAGCAACGGAUCAGAAAUUAAAAAACAAACGAAACUCUGGCCCCGCACCAUGGUGUGUUGAUAGUAUCCACACGCUUUCAGGAGGAAAAUGAAAAUCGGUUUCGGGACUAAAGUGAAAGUAAGGAAUUAAAAGUUAAUAUUAAAACGGAAACAAAGCCACGUUUUGUGAAGCUCACAUUAUAAUAGCAGCACAUUGGAUCAAAGGAUGUGAUCUCACUUCAUAGUAAAACAGGUCCUGCAAGCCCAGGUAACUCAGGAAGCAGAAUGGUAAUUAUUCACAGAAGAAAGCAGGUAGUGUACUGUUACACUACUACAGCAGAAAGUCAGAAGGUCACGGCGCUCGCAGGGUAACUUACACAACUUGGAACUGUUCGGCCCCCUUUAAAGAGAGAUAAAAAAUGGGAGAGAAUGAAGCGAGUUUACCUAACACAUCCUUGCAAGGUAAGAAGAUGGCCUAUCAAAAAGUCAAUGCAGAUCAAAGAGCUCCAGGACAUUCACAGUACUUGGACAAUGAUGACCUUCAAGCCACUGCCCUUGACUUAGAGUGGGACAUGGAAAAGGAACUGGAGGAGCCUGGUUUUGACCAGUUUCACCUAGAUAGUGCAGAGAAUCAGAACCUGGAGAGUUCAGAGACUGCAGACCUCAAUCUUGAUUCCAUUCAACCAGCAACUUCACCCAAAGGCAGGUUUCAGCGACUUCAAGAAGAGUCUGACUAUGCUACCCGCUAUACAAGAUCUGCACCAAAGAGCAACCACUGCACCUUUUGCCGCCUUUUAAAAAUACUUUGUACAGCCACCAUUUUGUUUAUUUUUGGAAUUUUGAUAGGCUAUUAUGCACAUAAAAAUUGUCCUUCAAAUGCUACAUCUUCAGGAACACUUGAUCAUCAGUUAUAUCAAGAGAUUCUCCAGACAAUCCAAGCAGAAGAUAUUAAGAAGACUUUCAGAAAUUUGAUACCACUGUACAAAAGCGAAGAUGACACAGAAAUUUCAAAGACGAUUAAGGCUCAGUGGACUUCUCUGGGCCUAGAAGAUGUGCAGUUUGUAAAUUACUCUGUGCUGCUGAGUCUGCCAGGCCCUUCUCCCAGCUCUGUGACGCUGAGCAGCAGCGGCCAAUGCUUUCAUGCUAACGGCCAGCCUUGCGGUGGAGAAGCCAGAACACACCGCAGCCAAGAUCUGCUCUCCUCAUACGCAGCCUAUUCUGCCAAAGGAACUCUCGAGGCUGGAAUCAUUGAUGUGAGUUAUGGAAAUGCAGAUGAUUUAAAAAGGAUAAAAAAUAUGAGAAAUAUAACAAACCAGAUUGCACUCCUGAAAUUAGGAAAAUUGCCACUACUUUAUAAGCUUUCCCUACUGGAAAAGGCUGGAUUUGGAGGUGUCCUCCUAUAUGUUGAUCCUUGUGAUUUACCAAAGACUGCAAAUCUUGACGAUGACACCUUCAUGGUAUCACUGAAUCCAGGAGGAGACCCUUCUACGCCUGGUUAUCCAAGUGUUGUUGGAAGCUUUAGGCAAAACCGAUGGAACCUCACCUCUCUACUAGUGCAGCCCAUCUCAGCGGCACUCGUGGCAAAACUGAUCUCUUCGUCCAAAGAUGGGACCAAAAAUGGUGUCUGUCGCCCUCUAGAACUCCCACCGAGUGAAAAAAUAAUUGUCAACAUGCAAGUUCAAACAGUCACAACAUUCAAAACAAUUACUAAUGUUGUUGGAUAUUUAAAGGGCUUGGCUUCUCCAGGUAAGUAUGGUAAAGAAUUUGAUUUCAGGAAGGUUCUGCAGAAAAAUGUUGUGGCUUAUGUUAGUCUCCAUAGUCCCAUAAGGGGUAACUCAAGUCUAUAUUCUGUAGCUUCACCAUCUCUUCAGCAACUGGUAGCAGAGAAAAAUAUUCUCAACUGUUUCAGAAGAGCACAGUGCCCAGAAUCCAAUGUCAGUUCCAUACAGAUACAAGGGGAUGCGGAUUAUUUCAUCAACCACCUUGGAGUUCCCAGUGUGCAAUUUGCUUAUGAGGACAUCAAGUCAUUACAGGAUCCCAGUUUUCUCUCCGAGGCCCUUUUCCCUAAAGGUGCAACAAAAAUUGAAGAAAUGGAUCCUUUUUUCAAACUUCAUGAAACGAUUACCAAGCUCUCAGGAGAAGUGAUUUUACAGAUUGCCAACGAACCAGUUCUGCCCUUUAAUGCUCUUGACAUAGCUUUGGAAGUUCAAAAUAGCCUUAAAGGUGAUCAACCCAAUACUCAUCAACUGCUAGCCCUGGCCUCACGCCUGCGGGACAGUGCUGAACUCUUUCAGUCAGAUGAGAUGCGUCCUGCUAAUGAUCCCAGGGAGAGAGUUCCAGUGCGUGUCCGAAUGCUGAAUGACAUUCUCCAAGACAUGGAGAAGAACUUCCUGGCUCAGCAAGUACCACCAGGUUUUUACAGAAACAUCCUGUACCACCUUGAUGAGAAGACAAGCCAGUUUUCAAUCCUCCUGGAGGCUUGGGAGCGCUGCAAGUCUCUUGCAUCCAAUGAGACUUUUCAAGAAGCCCUGUCAAAGGUGUUGCACAGCAUUAAUUCAGCUCAGGUUUACUUCAAAGCAGGACUUGAUGUGUUCGACAGUGUCUUGGAUGGGAAGAACUGAGAAAACUCUCAGCAUCUUAAAAAGUUUGUUUACAAUUCCUUAAGCAAAAGCUCCAAUCUGAUAGACUUUCUGACAUUGAAGACUUCCCACCCCCCUGCCGCCGCCAAUGGCUUUUUAUACAAAUCUAAAGCUAUUAUUAGAUUGUAUUUUUAAUAGACAUAUAUAAAAAGAGCAUUUGCACAAUUAAUAUUUUUCAUAUAUCUGCAUUUCUGAAUAUGCAAAAGCAAGUUAUUGAAAUAAUACUUAAGAUUUAUCUAUUAAAAAGAAAUCUACUGUAUUUUUAUAUAGUAUAUAUAAAAUAUUUGGGGGGAAGCGUUCCAAGAAGUUUUGGACAAUCUUCGCUCCUAUGGAUAAAGCACAUAGGAACAGAAGUUGUUCCUUAUGUUAGAGCAUUUAAUGACCUACUUUCUGCAAUAGAAAUGGAGGGUUGAUAUGGUUGCAGAUUAAUUCACUAUUAAGUAUUCAUUAUGAAGAAUUCAAGUAUUCUGACUGAGUGAUUGGUUGACCAAACCCACUUUGAAUGUUUCUAUUUUAUGAAAUGAAGUGCCUGUUCAUAACACAACUAGAUGUAGUAAUACACUGGUUAUGAAAUUGUAUUUUUGUAAGUAUUAAUGAAAAAAAGAGCCAUAAACAUUCCAGGGAAAAAUCUCCAGGUAGCUGCACAGAUCAAUUUAAAUGCAAAUUUCUUCUAACAACUUAUAAGGUGACAAGCUUUGAAACCCUUAAUUUGCCUCAGUUGAUUUUGUAAAAAUCCAGGGGUGAUAUAUGUCUUAUGAGGGUGACAAUAUUUCUAAUUUCUUCUUGUGCUGUUUCUGUUGGAAGCCCUGAAACAGAGCUAUUUUAAAAUGAAAGCAUCUCACAUUCUUUGAAAACCCCAAGUAUCUUAAAAAGCAUUAAAUUGCUAUUUUUGCCACUGACAUAAAGGACUUACUAUGAAAGAAAUAGUUGUUUUGAUCAAUGGAAAAAAGCUCCUGAAAUCUAUGAGGAAACGUUCAAUAUGUUUUUCUUUUUUAUCCUUAGUUGUGACUAAGAGUGAACAUAGAUAUAAUAGUCAUAAUCCUAAUUUUAUGCAGAAAAAAACAGUGCCGCUGUGUGAAUAUGUCUUUCCCACACUUCAAUUAUUUUCUCUUGUGGAAAAUAAAACCCUUAAUAGUGACAUUGUCAUUGACUGGCCCUGACAUCCAAGGUUCCCCAACACCUUAGAAUUCUGUUAGGUGACAGUUUAAACUUUUAGCUUGCCCUUGGGAAUUGAUUUAAGUCUUUUUCUUCUGAUACUGGAUAAAGGAAAUCCCCUGAGGAAACAUAUUUUCAGAAUAUUUCAUGUGACUUUCUUCUCUAUCCCAGCACAGUAAACACACUUCCCCGUUAUACACGGCCACAGCAACAUUGCAGACAGCACCUGUGUGUCUAAAUCUUUGCUUUUUAUAGAUGAGCAUAAACCUAAUCUUAGUGUAAAGGAAACCUAAAGUUGAGGGGAAAGAAUUAAUCAGUAUUGAUUAAUUGAUUUAUAAGGCUCGGCUGUUCCUACCCUAAGUAAUGUUUAUAUGCUCAAGGCAAAGAAGAGAAUUGAGGCAAUUAGCCAGAUAAUUCAAGCAGAAAUCCAUUUUCAUCUGAAUUGCCUGUGUGCACAUAGUUUUACAUGAGAAAUGAAACUGCUUGAUUUUUUUUAAAACCAAUAUACUUGUUUGUUUGAAAAUAUUUGCCAUGUUCAGGAAAGGACUGAAGGACCAGGCUGCCGCACACCUCAACAUCAAUGUCCCUUGCUCCACGGAAAUCAACAGCGAAGAAAAGAUGAGAAUAUACAUAUGGACAUGGGUGGCGCCAAAUAAUAGAAUGCCUUAUACUCAAGGAUCUUAAAUAUUUAAUCAAGCUUUAAUGCAUUCAUUCCAGUUCUUAAUUUGGGGUUGAAUUUAAAGCAAAGGCAAAUAAGGAUCAAUUUUAUAGUUUAUCAGUUUAGAACAAAAUUCUGAGUAAAUUCACUGUCUUAGUCUGUAAGAGCAUUGAAAGCACACAUUUUUUUUGUUUAAUGAUAGUGUACUUGGGUAAACCACACUACACAGAUAAAAAUCUCAAUAUUAUGUAUUCUUCACUUUGAAGUUAUAUAUUUGAUAUAUCAUAUAACAUAUAGAGAACUGAAGUUAACUGUGGAAUAACACAUUUUAUUAGUCUACUUAAGAGAUGUGAAGAAACUAAAUUAUAAUUAAAAUAUAUGUCCACCAGUUUUAUACAUGCUGCUCUAUAUAUUUGACUACAACAGACUUCUUAACCAAGAACAUUAUUGUUAUGGUCUGAUUACCUCAGGGUUCCACCAAAUUUAUAUUAUUCUAAUUUUUCCCAAUAGAUCCAAGUAAAUAAAAUCCUAUGCAAGUGUUUUUGGUGAUUUGGUAAUAGGCUUCAAUUCUUACUGAGAUAUCUGGGUGCCUGCUAAUUCUCACACUCUUUCAUACAUAGAAUUGUGUCUAGAUGUAAUAAACCAUAAAUGGUUAUUCUGCUAAGAAAAUGUGCCAAAUCUGCAUCACUGGUACUUGGGCUCAAGAAGGGUACACACUGUCCUUUGUGGAAGAGCACGUAUUCUGGAGUCAAAAGGAAGCGUAAGAGACAUUUUGGUCUAAGCCCUAAGAUGUUAUCUUCAGCCAGGAAAAGCAUUAUCAUCCUAUGGGCUGCAAUACCUGAAGCCAAAGUGAUUAAGGAACUUGGAUAGAGUCACAUAGCUAACUAGUAGCAAAAGCAACACUGGAAUUUACACUUCUCUGCUUUGAAAUGCAGUAAAUCUAGCUCCCUCCUUGAGAUGCUAGGGUUAUGAACAAUCUUUCAGUGCAUCCUCAGAAAGCAGCCAUUCUUCCAAAUGCUGCAUAUACUGGAGUUACUGCUCUAAUGAAGGACUAGCUUAUUCUCUGACUCUACCUGACAAAUAAAACCUUCCUAGGCAAAGGAUUGGGUACUCAGGAGGAAGUGGGGAGAGCUUCCACAGGACAAAAGAAGUAGGAAGGAGGACAUUGAGUGAAAUGCUUUUAUGAGAACAUAUUUUAGCUCUGUAUUAAAUCAGGAAGCUAGAUCGCUAUUUCUCAAAAUGUGGAUUUUAGGGUAUGAGGCCUAGCCAUCUUCAUCUUCAGCAGGUUUUCCCAGAUGAUCAUUAUGAACUCUGAAGUUUAAGAAUUUCUAAUCCACAUCAAUCCUGGCUCCUGAGAAAGCAUUACUUGGCAGCAUAUCUAAAGCAAACAAACAAAAGCAAAACACAACUGAGAGUCACAACAGGAGGUACCUGAAGCUUUGCUAUUAAAGGAGAGAGUAAAAGUAGCCAUUGUAUUUCUCCAAAAAGGAUGCAGACACAGCUAACAUCUGUGCCUGCUACUUUUGUUCAUUGAGUCCUCACAACAACCUAUUUUUUUUUUAAUGAGCAAAGUUAACUGAGUGACUGGUCGAAUGUUCCUUAUGAUGGUGGCCCACCAACCAAACUAUAUGUGGGUAGGUUAGAAAAUAUCUAUAAGAGUAUUAAAAAUUAAUACACCAUUGUAGACAAUCAUAACAACUAGAUGUAAAAUAAAAAUUAAAAAAAAACAGAAGCCUUACAUUACACAAUUUUCUCCUCAAAAUGCCUAUAUAAUUUCAUAGGGGGGGAAAUAAAGCAAGUGCUUGAAUUUACAACCAAAGUUUUAUAUUAUCCUUAAGAGCUUAGAAUCACUAAUUGACAUUUUAACUUAAAUAAAUAUAAGUAUGAGGUAGGUUUCCCUAUUGCAAAGAUAAAUGUUAUAAAACUGAAAUAAAUGAUGAUUUAUUGCCAACUGCCUAAUGAUGAAUCAGCAUCUGUGCCUCAAAUGAAAAACUGUAAUUAUUUACACAACAAAUUGGUAGACCUAGCCAAAAACGCUCUAAGAGGCACUGUGUGGUAUGCGUGAUUAACUACUGCAAGAAGUAAGCUUUCUCUGAGGGUAGCACAUCGUCAUCUCUUUGAUGUAAUAGGCUAUUUAACUGCGUCUUAGUCAUAUUUUCUUAAUAGAAAGGAAUUACUUUAAACUGUCAAUCCACGUGUUGAACAGAAGUGAAAUGGUCCACAUAUUCCAAUAAACAUAACAACAUAAUCGUUUCAUCAUAGGAGCACAGAGGAAAUCAAGGGGGGUGGGGAACAAAGAAUGUGAUAAUUAUGAAAAAUAUUCUGCCUAACUGCAGUAGUGAGUCUUUAUUUCUUCCAUAUGCUUACAUUUUGAGCUUAAAGAAAUGCUAUUCUGAAAGAUCUUAAGAAACUUCAGAGUUCUAAGCACUCCAUUGAGUGCAAAUAUUUUUUAGUUAAGUGGAUUCGUUUAUGAAAUUCGAAAUUGCAAGUGAUAUGAAUUUAACAGAAGAGUUGCAAAGAAUUUUUUUAAAAAUCUAACCUUUCGUGAUCAUCACCAUGUCCACUCAAUUUUGUGUUUCCUCUUUCUAGAUAUACUUCAGCAAUUAGAUUAGGCUCUUUUUCCCCCAGAGAGUAAUUUUAAGAUCUACUGGACUCAAUAUGCAUGUAUCUGUAAAUCAGCCAGAGUCUUAUUUCCAUGACAUCUUUUCAUUAUCCUCCGAAGAUGUGCACUGAAGAGGCUUUAGCACACCUGGGACUGCUGAGAAUCUUGAGGCCUUGCUUGUUAUAAGAUGACAUAUUUCUUAAAGACAUUUAUAAUCUCAUAUUCAGAUUGUAUCUGAAUUUACAAAGUGAAGGAUUAAACUGAGGCACUUUCAAGUAGCACUCAAGAAAAAGAAGCUGCUUCAAAUUUUAAUGUUUCUGGUUAGAUUAUUUUUGGUAUGAAGCAUAUAGUUAUAUAGUUUUCUGUAACCAAACUGGUAAUUUUGAUGUUUUCAGCCAAACUCCAAUCAUUGAAGCCAAAGAAAUGCAUGACUACUCUAAUUUCUUAAGUAGGAUGCUGUCAAGAAUUAACUCAGGAUCAGCUGAUUCUAGACAAAGAUUUGAUGAGUGUAGACAGAGCCCAACAGUAUUCCAAUUCCUUUGAUGUCUUAAGCCAGUAAGUACUGAGGUAGCUUUUCUCAGAGGGAGGCAGAUUUUGUUUUCCAGGGGCUAAUUAAUAUGCACAACCUCAGUCCCCAAAGGACCAUACAGGUGCCUGUACUAUACCAUAUGUCAUGUGCUAUAUUCCAGCAAGCUCAAGAGAUUAAUAUACAAUCAUUAUCAUGAAUUAUUAUGUUGCAUUGAAGUUAAUGUCGGUCUUUUGUUCUAAUUAAAGUAUAAACUUGGCAUCUGAAAGACGUUUAGCUAGAGAAGUGCAGUUAGAGUCUCUAUUUUAAUAAAUUACAUAUAUUUUUCAAUCAAAAUGUGUAAUUAUUUAAUUAUCUAGACUGCUCAAUAAGUAAAAUUCUCCAACUCCUUCAAGAAUCUUUAUUCAUAUGUUAAAAGCAGAUGAACACUACUUGGAGUGUAUUUUAUCAUUUUAAAUUCUUAGCCAUUGUUGAAUCAUGCUUUCAGUAGAUGUGAUAGUGUUUUCUUAAUAUUAAUGACAAUUAUUUGUUUUCCUUUAUAUCAAGCUGCUGCAAAUGGACUACCUUGUUUUGAAAGUCAGAAAAAGAUUAUUACUCUAUAAAGACAAUUUUAUCAUGUCUGUUUAACAAGAAACAAACAAAAUGUUUUACUCCACCAUUGCAAAUUAUUUGUAGGAAACAAAAUGUCCAGAUGGUUAUGUGUAGUUCACCUGAUUAUAUUCCAAAGAUAUUAUAAAUAACUCUGUUCAGAAGCUGAGAUAGGACUCAUUUAAGUGAUUUAGUAUUUAGAUUUCACACAGAAAGGUUUAAUGGCAAAUAUAUCUCACACAUUCUAACACGCUACUUAAAAAAUAUGAAUAGAAUUUGUAUUCUGGAAAAAAAAUUCUUUAGAACAUUUUGAAGGGCUAAUUUGUUUUUAUAGACAUCUAGAAAAACAACAUCAUUUAAAUAAUAGUUUCAUAUAUGUGUUUGGGAUGUUAAUAUAUACCAUGCAUUUUUUCAAUCAUGUCUACAGUGUAGUAAUAUUUAAUUCUAUUCAAUUAUAUAAUAAAUAAAAUUUCUCAUUUGUAUAACAAUAA